CGCGCGCGCGCGCACCCUCUUUGCCCUCCACGCUCAUCCGUGCUUCUCCUUCGCAGAUUCCGAAGACCCGCAGCACCGCGACCAUGUUCCCGAGGCUCUUCCGGCAGUGGAGUUUCGUGGUGUUUCUGCUGAGUUAUUGCGCGCCUUCCUCGGGGAAAUCACUGGAAGGGAACGGUCGCAGACUCAAAAGGACUGUGUCAGAAUAUCAACUGCUGCAUGACAAAGGAAAGUCUUUGCAAGACACGCGAAGACGAAGCUUCCUGCAAAAUUUAAUUGAUGGGGUGAACACAGCAGACAUCCGGCCGGUGUCAGACGUGUCACCGAAUCCUAAACCUGCCACCAUUGCAAAGAACUACGCUGUCCGAUUUGGCAGUGAUGACGAAGGCAAAAACCUGACUCAAGAGACCAACAAAACUCAGAUGUUCAAGGAACAGCCCCUGAGGACACCAGGAAAGAAAAAGAAAGGGAAGCCUGGGAAACGUAAGGAGCAGGAGAAGAAAAAGAGGAGAGUUCGUUCAGCCUGGCUGAGUUCCAGAGGAUCUGGAAGUGGAAUGGCACGGAUCCCCCUCUUGAACAUCUUUGGUACUACACAUCUUGAUGAAAGGAGGUGUUGACAUCUUCAACCAAGAUCUUUGGAAAACACAUUGCAGUAUUCUGUAAUAGUGAACAUAUGGAAAGUGUUAGAAAUAUUUAUUAUCUGUAAAUAUUGUAAAUGUAUCAAAAUAAAACCUUCGUCCCAGAUGCUAUCCAAAACUGCACAUCUGAACAUUGUGAAUAUUGAGGGAAUUUUUUUGUGCUAAGACAAUUCUUGUCACAUUUACCAUAAUUUAUUUUGUUGAAUGAUGUAUUUAUUUCAAUGAAUUUUUAUCUUGGUGCUGCUGACUUUCUAUAUUUUUUGUAACAUAAUGCACUUUAGAUAUACAUUAUGUCUUACAUUGAUAAGACAUAAAUAAACUAUUCCUGUUUUUAAUCUGUUUUUAAUGAGUUGCCCAAGUACAAUUGUUCCAAAACUAUGUUCUUCCAUGCAUGUGUAAA